AUGGGUGCCAAAUUAACAAGCUAGCUGGAGCAAGAGCAAGGCGCUGGCAGGGGCGCUGGUGCCAGCACUCUUUGAUGAGACAGUCAGCUCUGAUGAGUGUGAGGGCUGAGAGAGAGCAUUUUUUCCCUCGCUGCAGCUUGAGUCAUGCAGCCCUCGCGUUUUGGGCGCCGCCGACUUGCCUCGUCUGAAAUGUGUCCGUCCUUCCGCAGCACGAUCCUCUCCUGCUUCCGCCUGCUCUACUUCCGGGUCCUCGCCAGCAGGAUUCCCAGCGUUCUGCUCGGCACGUCCGCGCUCUUAGUCACGGCAUUCUGUACGGAGAUCUUUCAGCUGUCCAUCCCAAUAGGAUAUCCUUACUCAAGGGAGAGACACCUCCAGGAUGGAGCCAGUUCCUCAGUUGGACUGCAGAUGCCUUUUGAAGGAUCGCUUGCUGAGAGGGCGUACAAAGCCACUUCUGAUGCCGUGCACCUUAGUGCCAAUGCAUCAAUGGACAAAGACCAGGGCCAGAAGGGGCCAAUAAGCCCACCUUAUGUCUGGGAAGAGCAAAGGGUAUGCGGGGCUGUGCCUAAUGAGGUUGAUGGGAGCAGGAUAACGUUCAAAGCCUGCAAAAGGCACCAUCCAGUCAGAGAUCAACUAGGGGGAAAUGCGCCCGUCAAUCCCAGGAGUGCGCUGGACCCGCGAAACUUUCAAAGUAGAGCAAGUAAGGAGUCAUCAUCAGGUGCAGGAGUGCCCUUGUGUCCUGUGAAACCGUCUGCAGUGUGCUUCUCACGCGUCCGUGGGGGUCGCGUCUGCUUAAGACAGGACAAGGUGGGACUCUGUGUGAAUGAUGCUGGCGCCGAGGCUCUAUCCGAUGGGGCCCUAACCUUGCCCGUCACCGUUGCCAAGUGCCAGAGACGCACAGUUGACAAGGUCGACAACUCUUGUAAGCAAGCUGGACUGGCUUUCAUAGCUGAUGACAGGUUAUCUAUGCCAGACCCUUUGGAGGAGUCCGAGAGACUCAUCCCAGCCCUCCUCUUGAGUAAGUUGAACAUUCCAGCAAAGUUUCAAGACUGGCCAACAGGACGCCCACAGGUGUUCUGGUUUAAAGAGCCUGCAACGGUGUCAGUUUGGACACAAGGCCUUUUGAAAGCCCUCAACAUUUCCAGUAGAUGGCGGGACACCCUGCACCAAGGGCAAGAGUCUGGGGUUGCUUCAGAGCACGCCGCCAAAGGCGAAGGUUUGGAGUGUGAUCAGGGGGGCACGUCUGAAGCUAGGAACGGCAUCGUUCAUUUACAAUUCCUUCAGGUUGAAGGUGGGGCAACGUUGGCAGAAAAAAACGAGUCUGCAGGUAGCCCAACUUUUGUCACCCAUGAAAAUCUGCACGAGGGUUGGGAUAGGGGCGAACGUGUCGUCAAUGUGUCAAGGUCCAAAGAAGUAGUCCAAGCAGGUGUAGUUCGGCUCGAUAUAGCGCAGGGAGUUUUCACCACGGUCGAAGUUGGAAUGGAAGACAGGGCUCGAGCCCCUUCAAGCAGGGGAGACGCAGAAUCAGACACCGCUGACUUCAACAGUAGCCAUUACAAUGCUUCGUCAAUACUAGAUGAGGGUUUAAAAUUAUACAGUAAUGAAGCUGAGGCGCCCCUUUGGAACAGCAAGAUAGAGGAGAAAGGUCUUUUAGAGAACAAGGGCGAGGGUUUGCUGGAGGAAACCCCUUUUCUUAACUUCCUGAGUGCCCCCGGGGAAGGGGCACCCGCGGUCUGCUUCGAUGAUGCGGUCCUCCUGACGUCUCACACGAACGGGGCAAUCAUUCCGAACAACGCCGCCAAUGAUUGGCUGCGGUCACAGGUUUUACAAUAUUGUGGAGUCAAAGAGGAGUUGGCGCCAAAAGUGGUCAAGACAGCGGUUAUUCUCGAACCGCCCGGUGGUCAAGGCUCACUGAUAAACAAGGCAGAGUUGGCGCGCUUGCUCACUGACAUCGUCGGCUUGGAAGUGGCGCAGAAGCGCAUCGAGGGGACGGCUUUCUGCGACCAGGUGCGCGCGAUUGCGUCUGAGGAUUUCCUCGUUGUGCCGCACGGUCCUCUAAACGUCAACCUGAUAUUCGCGAAGCCCGGGGCGAUCGUGAUGGAGGUCUUCCCGUACUUGUAUUAUACGAACUUUAUUGGCAACUACAUCCACGCGGCUCGCUUGACGCAUCUCCAAGUGUUGGGUUCGGGGCCACCUUGGUCGCCCCUGCUGUGGAUUUACUCCUGGCUUGGCUGGGACACGUGUCACAGUGUGCGGGCCUGCAGGGACCAUGCACGACGGCAAAACAUCCAUGUAGACACUCGAGAGUUCGAGACUAUGCUUUGGCAGCUCGUGAACGAUUGCGUUAUUGUCGGGGAAGCGUCCCCUGCAAAGUGCCGAACUUGAUUCUUGAAUCGGUCGAAUGGCCGGUUGUUCGCCUCUUCGAAUAAUCAAGCCUUUGGCGGAGUUGGGCUCC